UCAACCAUCAUGAAGAAAUUGGAGUAUCCGAUGGCGCUAACAACCCUGGAGGCCCAGCAAUGGACAGACAUUAUGUCUCCGGUACUUCAAGUGUGCCUUCCAAAGGCAGGUGUUUCCCUCGGGAUGUCGUAUUUGCUCCGCUGUCCUAUCAGGGUCUUGGACUUCCACAUCCGUUUGGUUGUCAAGUGUUUAAGCAUCUUGAGAUGUUGCUCCGACAUAUGGCCAACAGGACCAAAACUGGCGACUAUAUGGAGGCCAACAUCCAAGCCCAUCAACUUGAAACGGGGACGUCCUUUGGACUCCUGCAACAAGUCUACACCAACACGGCGAUCCUCGCCUCAGACACGUGGUUGAAACGAGUCUGGCAGGAGCUCGAAGGUUUGGACAUCUAUAUCGCCUGUGACUCUCCAGCCCUCUCCCUUCGAUGUACGGACGACUCUCUUCUGAUGGAUCUCUUCAUCAACUUGGAGGUUAAACAGGAGGAACUUUUAUGGCUUAAUUGGUGUCGAAUGUUCCUCCAGGUAUGCACAGUGUCUGACAUUGUGACUGCUGAUGGCAGGUUUAUUCGUCGCUCUGCGUGGAAUGGGUUCAGGGAUGAGUGCUGCCGCUCGCCAUACCAAUGGCCAAGGACAGUUCGCCCAACAAAGCAACACUGGGACCUGUGGCAGACCACCUUGUCCAGAGCCCUACUUGCCUCCAACGGGCCACAUUACCCCCUACAACAGCCCUUGGGGCCAUGGACUGACCGUCUGGAGGACUGGAAUUGGUUACUGUCCCCCACCACAGGCCUUUUCCACUGCCAUGGGGCAACCUGGAAACACUUUUGCUCUGAGGGCUCCCACACCACGUCACGUCGCUACGCACCAGGGCCGUCCCUUCCUUCCUGCCCAUGGUGGACUGCACCGCUUCCUGCUGACGUUCUUCGUGCUACGGUUCACUCCAUCACAGGAUCUGACAGGGUUCUUCUUACCGGUACUGGCCGGGCCUUUGAACCGUCUUCUUCCUCCAGCCCAUCCAUCCUUCACGCGUGGCAGUCAGCUGCCGAGCUCUGCACGGACUAUUACGGGUGGGUCCCCGAUGAGAUCGAGGUUCACGGUGACGAAGCCACCUUAGCUGACGCUCUGUUGCACGGUCGCCUGCGUGUGAUCAGCGAUGGAUCCUUCAAGAACGAGUUGGGGACCGCGGCGGUUCAAAUCCUGGUGAAGCAUGGAGGAUGCCAUCGUAUCAUCAUCCGGUGUCAGACUCCCGGUUUGCCCCAGGACCAGAGUCCAUACCGCAGCGAGCUCAUUGGUCUGUUGGCCGGUAUAAUGGCGGUCGAUUGGCUCCUUGAGCAAUGGUUCCCAAACAUUUUGAUCGGGCCCAAGGUGCGGAUUGCUUGCGAUGGCCUCUCUACUAUUGAGAUGACUUUCGAAGAUCGUCCACUGUCUCCAACUGAUGCCCAGUUUGACCUGGUAUCGUCCAUUCGGGAAGCGAUCCUUCGGUCCUCGGUGGACUGGGCGCCCCAGCACGUUUAUGGACACCUCAACAAGUCCAAUCUCUUUGACGAACUUUCUUGGUGGGAGAAACGUAACCUUGAGGUGGAUGGUAUGGCAGUGGAGUACCGUAAGGAACUUGAGACAGCUAAUCAUCUUAUAGCCCCCAACCCUCGUUUUUUCACUGAACUUGCGGCAAUGUACGUGGCAGACACCAAACAGUCCUGCCUUGAUCCUCAGUUCAUCCAAGAGUGUGUGACUCUUCCGGCCCUACGCUCCCGCUGGAGGGACAAAGGUACUAUCUCCGCUGAAGCCGAGUCUGAGAUCGCCUGGGACACAUUGGGUCGCGCCAUGCGAUCUCUUCCUGCAGGACUACAAAGGUGGUCUACUAAACAUUGUGUGGGCAUGUGCGGCACAGGCAAAUUUAAAGUUCUAUGGGGUCUGGAGACAUCAGCAGCUUGCCCACGCUGCGGCGACUUCGAGGAUCAUCUGCAUGUUCCCCGCUGCCGCGCUGCUUCGGCAACAGCUGAAUGGGAUCGUCGCACCGCAGCCUUCUCCGCGUGGCUAGACCUGCAACUGACGGGCCCUUCCAUCAAACUCGCGAUCCUACAGCUUCUUCAAGGCGUUCGCACACCUCCUUCAUUUCCUCCAAGGACCAUCUCUCCUUUGGUUCGGCCGGCCUUCUUGGCUCAGCAGGUGAUUGGGUCUCAAGGCCUUUUGGAGGGACGCAUCGCUUCGUCUUGGCUUCCACUCCAACAACAAUAUUAUGACAAGAUAAGAUGUCGCCGAUCCGUCUCUCUUUGGGCGUCCCGCCUCUCACAACAGCUGAUCUCGAUUGGCUUCUACAUGUGGGAGCAACGGAACUCCGUUCAACAUUUGGAUGAUAACAUUCAAUUACAUGAAUGUCACAGCACUGUCAAUGAGGGGAUUCACUCCCAGUUAGAUAUGGGUCUUGAUGACUUGCCUAAGGAAAUUCAACCGAUGCUAACAUGUCGUCGACGAGUCCUUCGCAAGUCAUUGGUAGACAAGGAAGAGUGGCUUAAGUUGCUUUGUCAGGAACACAGAGAUUUCCGUCGCUCCAUGAAAGCACAACGCCGCAGUCUGGACCCUGACCAACUUUUUGCGGGACCUUACAUGCCCCGAAUUCACCCCGCCACGUCGCGGGAGAAGUCUUUACCCCUUUGGGAGACUUGA